AAUUUUGGCAGGCUGCGAUCAGUUACGGACGAGUUGUCGACGCAGCAAUAUGGGGGAAUUUUUCGACAACGAUAGUCGUAGCAGUUUUGACGAGAUUUUCGAACGUUGCUUAGCCGUAGGCUUAGGGACGGCAGGUCCCGAGGCCUUGUCGCCGGAAGCGCCGCAAACUGUGGACGAGGCCCAGAUAAGGGCGCGGAUGCGCUUACGGGGGCGUUCUACGACCGCCGAGGAGGUCGGCUACCGGGAAGUGGUGCAAAAAGUCCAGAAGAUGAAUCGAGAAGCCGAGGCCGAGGCCGAGGCCGAGACUCAAGAGCAACCGGACAGCACGGGAGGGAUCUACACCGAGAUGAUCCAUAUUGACCCCCACGGAACAAAUAGUCACAUAAGAUUAGUUAGAAUCUAUGGGAAUGAAUUCACGAAGGAAUAAAUUACUGGAGGAACUAGAUAAUUUGGGACGAGAAAUUGUUCCGAUACCGGCUACGAUGCGAGCGAUCCUAGUAGAGACAGCGAAAAGUAAAUGUCCAUCAUCGCACAACCAGAGAAAAUAGUAAAAGAAAGAGUUCGAGUUUUCCUUAAUUUUUAAUAUUAAUAUUAUUAUUAUUACUAUUAUUAUUAUUAUUAUUAUUCAGUUUAUAAUCGAUCUUCGCUCAAUUAAUUCGGCAAAUAUAUAAAAUAGUCGCAUG